GAUGUGCCUGAGAGACGAGCCGCGAAAUGCAUAGUCGAACCGUGCCCGAUUUCCCGUGACUUCAUCGUGGUUUCUGUUUACUCGAUGCGACCGGGAAACACUUUGCAUGCCUUCCGCGUGUCAAGUCGGCCUCAUUACUCCGCGGGAUCCGUGCGGUGUGUAUUUUUCUUCGAGAGUGUGGUGCGUGUGUGCGUCGUGUCCAAGUGUCGAGAGUUCACGCCGAAUCAUCAUCGUCGCUAGGAGAGAGCGAGAAAGUAAGGACGAGAAAGAGAGCUACGAUGUGUCUGCGUUUCGGCUCGUACCAUUUCUCGAUCAAGAGUUGACAUUUUCGAGCAUGGAACGUCGGUCUCGCCGAAGAGACGCAUCGUCAUCACAGCAUUAGCAAAUACAAGCACUGUCGGAUAUACCGAGUUUGGAUUAACCAUGUCCACUAAGAGGCGUCGUGGGCCUAAAUUAAAUAUAGAACGUAAAAUAAUACGUGAAGGCCAUAAUAGAUAGGAUGAGUGGAUCUCGACAGAACGAAGCACGUUGCUUCAAUGAAAACUCUCCACGGCCACCAGUGCCUGGGGAGGAAACAGGAAACUACGUCAGCAGGUUCCGUCCACAGAGUCCAACUCUGACCCCUAGGCGCUCUUCUCUUGCAACUCCAACAGCUUCAGGUUGCGAUGCUUCUGCACCUUUGGGAUUUGAACCGGAAGGUUGCUGUAGUACGACAACUAUGGAAAGCGAUUCACCACCUGCUUGCUUGCGGUGGGCCAGGAACCUGCAUUCUUUGCUGCAGGAUCCAGUGGGCUUGGAAUUGUUCAGAAAAUACCUGGAUCAAGAAGGCAGACCUCAUGCGAAUCCUCUUAACUUCUGGUUUGCUUGCGAGGGUCUCAAGGAACAAGAUGAUCCCGAAAGGAUACAUCAAUUGGUUAAACUUAUCUAUAGAAAGUUCUUCCUCAAGUCGCAGUUAGCUAUACCAGAAGAUGUACGAAAAGAGGCUAAUCGUCGUGUUAAAGAAGGGCGGGCAGACGAAAAAGUGUUUGAUGCUGUACAGUUGGAAGUUGAACGUCUCAUUAAUGAGACUACAUAUCCAAACUUUCUUCGGUCUGAUAUGUAUCUUCAGUAUGUUCAGUCCUGCCAGAAUCCAGACUCUGGUGGAUGUCCUAGUUCAGGAUCCAGUCGAGAAAUGUCUGUUUCUUGCGGGCCAAGUUUAUUGCCCACUGUCCACGAAGACAGUGAAUUUGUUAGUUCCAUACAUAGCUCACAUUCAGCUAGUGAAACGCCUGGGGAAUUGAGGGGUGAGCUGAGAUUGACCAAAGAUAUGCUUAUGGCUACUCAACAGACUAGGGCGAUGGAUCUUCGACCAAAGCCAGAAGCGUAUGCUGGCGUUUACUUGCAACAUGGAGCUAGUCCAUAUCAUAUGCUCGUACCCAGACUGCACGCACAAUAUUCCUCAUACAACCCAGUAUCCAGACAGGAUUCAGAACUUCAAAGCUUGAGCAGUGAUGCACGAACUGAAUCAGACAAUAUGUCUCUCACCGAUUCAUCAGUCGAUGGAAUGUCCAUGGGUAAACAACGAAGUAAGAAACAGUAUAUAAGACAAUGUAGAGCCAUAAAAGAUUCAGCUAGUUUAAAUCGUGAUCCAAUGGCGCAUCAUUCAAUCAUCCCUCGUACACAACGAGUACCACGUGAUCUUAUGCAUCCGCUGAAACCAGAAGAAUUUGCUCAAGUGCUUAUUGAGAAGUUAGAGAAUGUCAGACGCGAAAGAGAAUCUCAGGAAAAGCUUGAUAGGCAUUUGCAAGAGAGCGAGACAAUUGGUAAGGAUGUGUCUUUGGAGAUGCCAAGCGGGGCACCGAAAGCAUUGGCCGAUGCAUUGAGAGAGAAAUUAUUGAUAGAAGAGGAUAACGAUCAAGCGAUUCUGGACCAACACGUGUCACGAGUUUGGUCGGACUUGACACCUUCUCGAUCGCCCGGGAUCGCAUCCCCAAGACUGCACUCGCCUGAAAGAAGACGUUCUACGCACAAUUAUCCACGGUCGUACAAACAGAGAAAAGAGAAGGACGUGUUCUCUACAUUUUCAGCAGAUAGCGGUAACAUUCACGAUUUUCAAGAAGGCAGCGAUCUUAUCGGAGCUGGCUCCAUGAGUUCACUAGGAUCUCACUUGCCUAAAUCUAAAUCCGUGCCAUCUGAUUAUGCCGAUUCCCUCCAUAAACAAGACCUGUAUCUUCAAGGUCACGAUCAAAGAUUCCGAAGGUCAGAUAUGACCAGGAGAUCAGCCACAAAGAAGUCUAUGACGGAAUUAACCGAUAGUGGUGUGAGCGUUGUAAGUGACGCGCCACCGUCAACCAUUAGCAAAGAUAUUCGUUUUUUAUCGUGGCUUAAAGAAACCGACAAGAAAGAUGUCAAACAUAGCCGUCAUGGGAAAAAGUAUGGAUCUCGUAGUGGUUCUUUGGAAAGGACGAACAGGGAAACAUGGGGUGUUCCUGCCCAACCUUUUGUUGCUGACCCAGGAAUGCCGCCUUUACCGCAACCUCAUACAGCAACCCAAUUAGAAGAAGCAAGGAGAAGAUUAAUUGAGGAAGAUAGGGCACGUUCAAGUUGUAAACAACGCCAUUCUAAUAUUUCUAAGCAAUCAUCGUAUGAGCCUACAUUGCAGAGUCAAUCUUAUGUCCAAUCAAACCAAUCAACGUUAAAGAAGACAAAGCAAGAUAUUGGAGAUUUUACCACCGUUGUGUUCAGUUUCUGUGACGAACAGUUUCCUUAUAGGACUAAAAUUCCUGGUCAUAACGUCACUUUAAAACAAUUUAAAGAAUACCUUCCUAAGAGAGGCAGCUAUCGAUAUUUCUUUAAAACCGAGUGCGAGGACUUGGAUACAAAGGUUAUACAAGAAGAAAUAACUGAUGAUUCUGAAGUUUUGCCGUUGUGGGAGGGUAAAGUUAUGGCGCAAGUAAAAGCACUUGAGUGAUAGACUGAGACAAGGAUACUCUCGAUAAAAAGAACGUGCUAACUUCGAAUAACUACCGCAACUAAUUUUAUUUAAGAGGACCAGCUUUCUAUAAGAAGAAACCUAAUAAAGGCGAUACUCGGUGUUAGUUUAUUGAAGUUGCUAAAGCGGUUUCUUCCGCUUCAGUUAACCGAGCAAGUGCUUUUUAAUCGACGAAACAAAAAAUUUGUCAAAUGAGCAAAACCCGUUAUAUGUUUAUUAAGUAAAAGAAAAAAAACAAAACCGUCUCUAGAUAAAUAUAGAUUUUAUUGGACAUUAAUCCUUAAUUAAUGGUAUUCUUUACAGGAUUCGCAUUUUCUUUUUUUUCUCGACAUUUACUUUUUAUUUCAACGUAAACGUUUCCUCGGGUGUUCACUGAUAUUCCGUAUUUAUUUAUUUACAACGGAAAAAAACGUGCACGUGGUGUCGCUGAAAUGUACAUAAUUCCAACUAUGAUUUUUAUGAAAUGUGUUCCGUUUUAUAGCGAAAAUUUCGAAAUCGACGUAAUUGUAAUUUGGCGCCAUUUCCAAAUGAGACUGGACGAAUUGCGGUUACGUGCGAUUACGAUUGAAUUUCCACGAAGGCAACGGUUUAUUACGAUAACAGAAAUUUCGCGUAAACGGAAUACCGUCGUGAUUGCAUUUGGUUAUCUCCAAUCGAUUUGGACAAGCUGCAAUAACAUCAGAAAAACCACUGUAUAUUGAUUGAAUAAUUUCUUCCUCUUAAAGACUUCCCAUAGUUUUCCAAACGACUGUACAAAGGCCCGCGUAGUUCAUCGCCUUAGUAAGGUCUGUAUAGACCCUAGAUAUACAUAGGAAAGAACAUUAUUACAAAUUAGUUUUUAAGAGGAUAUAUUACGUGCAUUAUAAAUACACACGCUCUGUUUAAUAUACGUAAUAUAUCGCCCAUUCGAGGUACUGUGAAAAAAAAAAAAUAUUAAGAAUACAAAUCAUGUUUUGUCGUACCACCAUUAUCACCCAUUUGACAUUGUAACAUAAGCUCCUGCAUAACGUACCACAUACUGGAAAAUAGA